CACCUAUCGUAGCUCCCUGUUGCGGCCGUAGAGCGUCUGGAGCUGAGCAGGUUGGCUCCGGUCUGGAUGCGCCGGGGUUCGCAGGGCCUGAGGCCGGGGUCCAACCUGGCUUCCCGGGAUGUCGGUGGCCUUCGUACCCGACUGGCUGAAAGGCAAGGCGGAAGUCAAUCAGGAGACGAUCCAGCGGCUCUUGGAGGAGAAUGACCAGCUCAUCCGCUGUAUCGUGGAGUAUCAGAACAAAGGCCGGGCGAAUGAGUGCGUCCAGUACCAGCAUGUGUUACACAGAAAUCUCAUUUAUUUGGCUACCAUCGCAGAUGCCAACCCAACCAGUGCUUCAAAAGCAAUGGAAUAAUCUUUCAGUUGGCUGUCAUGAGGAGUAAUUGAGUGUAAUCCAUGUCCAAGAAGUAAAGACAGGAUCUCUACCAACCCAACUGCUUAAAACAUGACUGAACCCUCCGUGGCUUUUUUUAAAAUGUAAAAAUCUGAAGAAAGCUACUAAAUGAACUGUAUUCUCAGUGUAAAUAUUUAUUUUAAUAAUUAAGCAGAUUAAAUUGACUCCAGAUGUCCUCUUUCCUGAAAUAGGCAUAUUUGGGUAACAGAGAGAUCAUGGGCAUCUUCAAUUCUACCUUUUCAGUUUCAACAUAAAGAGGAAACUGAGCAGGUGAUGGGCAAUCAACAGAAAUUGGCGAGACUCCUAACUGCGGCCCUGCGGAAUGGAUGUGUAACUGUGUGGUCCCUCCUACCAGUUUGUAGUUGUGGACCUGAUUAUUCUUUUCAGGUUGCUUUGAAAUAAAGCUUGCCUUUCCACAAAACUCUCA